UUCUUACGACAACAACCUAGUGCACAUGGGGCACUGUAGCUAGCGACGGAGCUCGUUUUUACAACUCUUUCGCUUUAUUAUAUUACAGUGUUUAGUAUAAAUUGACGACAGAAGGAGUUAGUAUGGGGAAGAAGAAGGCGGGCGGUGGAGGCGGACUGGGCAGAUCUCUGAUAAAGGAGAGACUGCAGGCCGGUCGAGGAAACAAGAGGGGCGACUCAUGGCUCCACACCAGUGAGCUGAAUGAUGGCUAUGACUGGGGACGGCUGAACCUGCAGUCAGUGACAGAACAGAGUUCAAUGGAUGACUUUCUGGCCACUGCAGAAUUAGCGGGAACAGAGUUUGUUGCGGAGAAACUCAACAUCAAGUUUGUGCCAGCGGAAGCUAGAGCAGGCUUGAUAACAGCUGAGGAGAGAAUCAGGCUGGCAAAGCUGCAUGAAGAAAACAAGCAUUUCCUCAGAAUUCCUCGUCGCCCCCACUGGGAUGAAAGCACGAGUCCAGAGGAGCUUCAGCAAGCAGAGAAAGACAGCUUCUUACACUGGAGACGAGAGCUUGCAGAGUUAGAAGAGGAGCAGAAGUUAAUUCUCACCCCAUUUGAGAGGAACCUGGAGUUCUGGAGACAGCUGUGGAGAGUGAUCGAGCGGAGCGAUGUCGUCGUUCAAAUUGUUGAUGCCAGGAAUCCUUUACUGUUCAGAUGUCCUGACCUGGAGUCCUACGUAAAGGAAGUAUCAGAGCAUAAGGUGAACAUGCUGCUGGUGAACAAGGCAGAUCUGCUAACCAGGGAGCAGAGGCGAGCCUGGGCCAGACACUUCCAGAAAGACGGACUGAGGGCAGUUUUCUGGUCUGCACUGGCUGAGGGCGACAGACUGGAUGCAGAGGAAAAGGGCAUGGAAGUGGACGAUCCGGAGGGUGGAGAGAGUGACCCAGAAGAGGAAGGACAGCCAGACAAUGAAGACUUGACCCGAAAGGGGGCAGAUGGAGAGGAGGAGGAGGCAGAAGAGGAGGAUGAAGAGAGUGACACAGAAGAAGAGCAGCGGGGAAAGAUUACCGUAAAAGAAGAGGACUGGCACACCUGCUCAGAAGAUGAGGGUGAAGGAGAGGGAGCCGGUUCAUCCAGCGAAUCCUCUUUCCACAACUCCAGCCGACUGCUGCACAUGGAUGAGCUGCUGGACGUGUUUAAAGCUGUUCACAACGGGCCCAGAUGUAAAGAAGGGCAGCUGACAGUUGGACUGGUUGGGUAUCCGAAUGUGGGAAAGAGUUCCACAAUCAAUACUAUCUUGAGGAACAAAAAGGUGUCGGUUUCAGCCACUCCUGGACACACUAAGCACUUUCAGACUCUGUUUGUGGAACCGGGUCUGUGCCUCUGUGACUGCCCUGGUCUGGUCAUGCCCUCCUUUGUUUCUACCAAAGCUGAGAUGAUCUGCUCUGGGAUCCUGCCCAUUGACCAGAUGAGAGAUCACAUACCUGCAGUCUCCCUUAUAUGUCAGACGAUCCCUCGGCAUGUGUUAGAAGGCACAUACGGCAUCAACAUCAUCCGACCACGAGAAGACGACGACCCUGACAGGCACCCCACCUCUGAGGAGAUGCUGAUGGCUUAUGGCUACAUGAGAGGGUUUAUGACGACACAUGGCCAACCUGAUCAGUCCAGAUCAGCCCGGUACGUCCUGAAGGAUUAUGUCAACGGCAAGCUUCUGUACUGCCAUCCUCCCCCACAUAUUAAUGCUGAAGACUUCCAGCCGCAGCACAACAAGUUCCUGAAUAGAGACUCUGACUGCUGUGAUCUCUCGGCAACAACAAACAAACAGAAAAUCAGGAGAAUUGAAAAUACGGUUGACAAGAAUUUCUUCCAUCAGGAGAAUGUGCGGGCGCUCACCAAAGGGGUUCAGUCCUACAUGGGCUAUAAACCAGGCUGUGGACCUGUUGGCCCUGGAAAAGCUGGAUCAGAGUCGGUGGUGGGAAAACCGUGGAAAAAACACGGGAACAGGAACAAGAAAGAGAAAGUACGCCGUCUUACCAAGCAUCUGGAUGCCUGAAGGAUGAUCUGAAAUCAAAGCGCGUUUAAUUACAGAUCAGUUCAGCAGAAAUGGAAACAGACAGUUCAGAUGUGAUUCCAAAGGCGUUGAUGCUGAGCAGUAUCUGAAGGUAGAUUCAGGCCCCUUAAUUCUGUGAUUAUGGAAAGGUCAGGCUGUCUUGAUACUAACAAAUGAGGUGCAAAAUCAUUUCAUGUGCUGCGCUGGUUAGAAGAUCAUAUUGGUGCAAUGCAUUCCAUCAACUGGAUCACCAGUUGUACACCAGCUCUCACCACAGUGUUUGGAAAUGGACUCGACAUCCAGAAGGUCUGAAUGUUAUUAAGACAUUGAAAAAAAACAUAUUACAUUUGUAUUUUAAAGCCGUUUCAGUAGAUUCAUUCAAGUCUUUAUUCACCAGAUAAAUGACUGUAUUUUCCAUAUACAGCUGUGAUUAAUGUAACUGAGAUGAAUUAUGAAAUAAACUGAAUGUUUUCAUG